AUGUCGUCUGAAAACACCACAGCCGACCAGCAAUCCAACAGUACAGUGGACUGUGUCGUGUGUAAAGACCCUGCCUCGUGGUUUAAUCAGCAGCAAUCACAGAUCUACCUGCCGUCUCUCAUUUUCCUGCCUAUAUUUGCGUGCGUUGGGACUAUUGGGAACGUCGCCGUGGCGAUAGUUUAUGUUCAGAAGAAGAAAACCUCAGCAAGCGUCUAUAUCCUGGCGCUAGCUGCCGUAGACUUGGUCACCUGUGCCAUACUCAUCCCUCUGGACAUCACCGCGUCGGUUUUGCAGUACGCCUAUCCAAGCGACUUUCUCUGCCGCUUGAUUCCGUUUCUAACCCACACCCUGUCCGUAUAUUCUGUGGUGCUGCUGCUUAGCAUUGCCGUCGAGCGCUACUUAGCCGUGCAUAGGCCUGUCGCAUUCGCUACCACCAUCCCUAGAUCUAAAGUAGUGGUGUCCGUAGGAGCUGUGGCUUCUGCCGUGAUAUGUUGUCCCCUUCUAACGGUGUAUCAGCUAACACAUAAAGCUAAUGUAGGAUGGAAUGUUUAUGUUUGUUCUUUUAAGGAUGGCAGUGAGGGUCUUAUUUCUACGUACUCUUAUAUGCUGAUAGGCGUCACCUUGGCGGCCUCUUUGGUAAUUACUGCCUUGUACGUGCGGACCUUUCGUAGCAUAGUCGGCAGAGCCCACAGAAAACCUGUCAUCAAAAUCACCGCGACUUCUUCACAAACUAUUUGGGGCAAAAAAAGUCGUCUUGGCGACAUUCUUCGAAUCUCUAGCCGACGAAAGACGGGAGACACGCUCUGUGAGAAAGCUCAAUCCAUUGCCGCUGUCUCUAUGUCUGAGCUCGCCGUGCCAGAGGAAGGACACUAUAGAUGCAGAUCAGAUUCUCCAUCAACGUCUGGUUACGAAACCUCGACCGUUGACAGUCCAAAUCAAGACGAUCGCGGAUUGGCCAGCGGUUCGGGGGAUCAACCAAUCCAAGGCUUGUCACCGCCAACGAAGGCACCUGACACCAAGGACAGCACCGCAGGCAAAUAUGAAAGAAAGUCUGAUACCAACUUUUAUACCAGUAAAAUUGAGCUUGCAUCUAGAGAAAGUAGCACAGUAACUUUGAACGGAGAAGAAGGGACUAAUAGCAGAGGAGCAAGGAGUACAGCAGAAUCUAGAAUACAGGCAAAAUGGAAGAGGCAAGGGAACCGCAUGGCGAAGAUAUUUAUGUUGCUCUGA